UGUGUAUUUGGAUUCGGUUUUGUUUGUUAAUCUAUUCAACAAAUGCAUGUAUGUGGAAACCAGUGUGUUGUGUGUCAGUGUAACUUUUGACAUGUGCGCCUCGUAACAAUUUUAAGCCGGACCACAAUUUAGCAGUCAGGUCUAUUCAUACACACCAGUCGACCACUGAUGUUGGCAACAAUUUUUUUUUUCUUACUAAAUUUUUUUAUUUCAAUAUUUUAUUCAAUGCAAAAAAAAAUCGUAUUUAACUAAAAAUUACAUUUCUUUGUAUCACUUCUGCUUGCAAUGCAUCGAGAAAAAAAAAUCGCAUUUUUCAAUUGAACAUUCCGUAAAAUGUGGUUCACAUUCGAAGAAAGCGAUCCUGACGGCUAUUCAAAAACUGACACACCAUUGACAUAACAGUUCGUUUGUUUUCUCUCUUUCAUUCUCUCUCAUUCGCCCUCUGUCUCUCCCAUUCGCACGGUUACACUCUUGCCAUGGUUUCACGCUGCAUACAAACAAACGAACGAACGAACGAACGACUUUUUUUCCUACUGCCUGAUACUGAAGCUGUCACAUCAAUGCGGCAUUGGCGCGCUCACAAAUACCGUCACACUGCGCGCUUCUCUUUACUACGAAUUCUCAAUCGAACGAAAAGAGCGGGUACAAUCGCUUCGGCGUUUUUUUUCUUUCGUCUCUUUUUUUAUUGUCACUCUCAAAUCACAUUUCUUCUAUAACAUUAUUCCAAAUUAGAUUUAUAUGUUGCAUUUUACGCGAAAAAAAAAAUUUAUGAUUUUUAAUUUUUUAAUCGACAAAAAAUAAUACAAGUGGAAGAAAUUUUAACAAACAAACGGAGCGAAAGACUUAUUUUCUCUUCGCUGGUUUUUCAUCAAAUGUUUGAUACUUUGAAUUGUCAGUGAGAAGCAAACAAAAGCUAAAAAUUUCAUUGUAUUGACGAAGCGCCGCCGUCGUCCGUUCAAUUCGUUGUGGGUUUUGUGCAAAGAAAUUUCAUGCCAUUCUCUCGUUUCAAUAUUGAAUAUUGAGCGAAGCAGCAGCAGCAGAAGAAAAAAAACAGGGGGCAAAACAAAAUAAAAUGCAUCAAUAGGAGUAAACCAGCCAUUCGAAAAAAAAAAACGCAAACCAAUUUCGAUGCACUCGCAGCAAAAUUGUGCAGAGGAAACAUUUAGAUGUUAAACAUUGGGCUUGACGCGCAACAUUUUUUCUGUGUUUGGUUGAGUGCAAAUUGUUUUGUGUGUACGAAAUUUUGCCAUUGAAUGGUUUUGUUUGGUUGUAACACCAACAACACACAACUAACGGCUUCCAGCUGCAUCAUCGCACGAAUUCAUCAACCAAAAUUUUGUUCGUGUAGAAAGCGCGUGGUGUUACGAUGAAGGACAGCCAUCAAAACAAGCAAGAUUGUGAACUAUUUUUGCGAGCAUUUGAAAAGCCGACGCAAAUUUACCGAUAUCUGCGAACACGACGUCUCUUGUCGCCACUGUUUCUACAAAGAAAUCUCAGCUACUUGAGUGACCGCUCAUCAAAGCGGAAAUUCGCACGACGCAAUCCUCGAAAAUCGAGCAAAUUUGACUGGGAAACGUUUCUGAAGCAAUUGAAACCGGUCAAAAGUCAUGAUCCAUCCGACAGUUUCAUAAUGUUCAAAUUUCUGGGCUACUUUGAUGAACAAGUUUCGGGUACAGACACUGCCAACAUCGAUAUUCAUUUACUCUCACGAAGCAAACAUCAACCAAAACUCCUGCUCAAAUCCAUUCCAGUGGAAAUAAACCCUAGUUUAAUUAUAAAUCCGACACCGAUCACGCUUUCCAAAGACCAGCUUAUGCGCUAUGCCAGUAAAACUGAUCAAUCUUGUGAAUUACUCAUAGAAGUCUCGUAUGUUGAGCAUCAAAAUGCCCAGAAAAAUGAGAGAUCGCAGCGAUCGAAGAAGAGAAGAAAACUCUGCCAUGACGCUCAUUUGCCGGUGUUCAAUAAAAUGGGUCGUUGCGACUUGUUGGAAGGUGAAUAUGAGCUUAAAUUGGAUCUUAGCACCGAAUCGACACCGGUGCGUAAGGUGGAUCAAUUGGCAUGGGCAACGGACAUACCAAAAGUAUUGACUGGCGAUAAGCGUUAUUUUCAGAAUCGUUCGUUAAAAUUCAUGUUGCAGUGGAACAGUGACGAUGGCACUAAGUCAAAAUCAUUGUCACCCAUUCACAAUGAAAAUGGCACACUGACCACCGACACAACCGAUUGGUGUGGCAUUCGGACCGGUUCAACGACAUCGCUCAGCACUUCAUCGGGCAUUUUAAGUGAUAUGAGCUCAGACGAUGCAGAGAUUACGGCAUUAACGACAGCGACGACAACGUCGUCGUCGUCGUCGUCGUCGUCGUCGUCAUCCUCGAAAACGAUAACAAAGAAACUGCCAAAUACAACACUGCCAAGCGUAUUAUCGAAUCGAUCACCAUUUGUUGAGCUGCUCAACAUAAAUUCACAUCUCAUUUACCGUUUCAUUUAUAAUGAUGAUUUGAGCCAGAAAACUGAGGCCUGGGACGAAUUUCUCUGUCCAUGGUGCUAUUUAAAUUGUAACAGUUUGCAUCCGCUAUUGAUGCACUUACGUUUGUGUCAUGAUCGCUUCAAAUUUUCGUACACACCAAAGGAAGACGGCAUCCAGGUGGAUGUGUCGAUCAAUGAGCGGUACAAUUGCGCAUUGUCACCGCUGAUGGAAAAAUCACAUCAGUCUGACAGCAAUGAGCAGAAACCGAGCAGACGUAAGCCUUAUACCAAAGUUUUAGUGUCGCGGCAACGGGCAAAAAAGCAUCGCACAUGUUUGACAUACGAAGAAUUAGACGAGGCUUUUGGAUCAGACAUUGAUUCGUCAGAUGCGGAGGAGAAUAAAUUCAUUUUGCCCAGGGGACAACUGAGUUUUGAUGGCCAUGAUCGUGGUUACUUUCGAACAAACAAUAACAUGGCAUACACGCACCGAAUGGAUUUUGACGAAGAUUCAGAAGGUGAACAUGAUCCCGGUUGGUUGCGACAGCAUACAAAAAAGUUGCUUGAAGACUUUUCGGAUGUCAACGAAGGUGAAAAAGAGAUGCUGACAAUGUGGAACCAUCAUGUGAUGAAGCAUAACUUUGUGGGAGUUUCACAAAUGGUGUUCGCCUGUGAAAUGUUCGUGACGGACCGUGGCGAUGACAUUUUUGCAAAGAAUUUGUAUCGCAAUUUUUUGCUACAUUUGACCAACUUGCAUGAUUACGGUAUGCUGUCUCCCGGCGAAAUGAGCUCGAUCAUCCAAAAAUUGCAAAACAAACGAAACACGACGAAUCGUCAAAGUAGCACCGAUUAAACGACAUACACACAGAGAGAACAAUCCACGAUGAAUACGAAGGCACCAACCCAAUUUGAAUUUAAGUUGAGCAAUUGAUGGCACUGCAGGUUUAGAGAAGACGUUGAAAAAAGGAUAUUUUAUUUGGAUAAAACAACAAAAAACUUAUUUGGACGAAAAUAAAAACAAGAAUCCAUAGAUUGAAUGAUAGUAAAUUCGUUUCGAUCAGCGAUACAAUCGAAAUGUAGUCGACGUUAUGAAUUUUUGACAUGCAUUGUUCCAUUUUAAAACAAGCUCUAUAAUCUCGGUUUGAAUGAAUGAGAUACAAAAUGAAAGAAAAGAAAUUUAUGAAUUACAAGCAAACUAUAUACAACAUGUAGACAAAUUUAUACGUAAAAAACUACCAACAAACAAACAAACAAACAAACAAACAAAUGUACUUGUAAAGUGAGUACCAAUAGAGAGCAAUUGAUGGCAUUUGCGAAAUAUUUAUUAUGUUUUACCAGUUUCGCUAAAGAUGGCACAUGCAAUUUUCUCUCUCACUCACUCAUUCACUCACACACACUCACAAACAAACACACACACACACUCAUAAAAAUCAAAAGUAUUUUCUGAACUGUUUUCCACAUCACUUACACCUCAUAUAUUUCAACUAACAUACAACAAAUUGUUUCCUCUGUAAAUGAAAUGAAAUUAAAUGAAUUGUUUGAAUAAAAAAGAAA